AUGACCAUCCCAGAGGAAGUUGAUAUCAUCAUUUGUGGAGGCGGGAGUUCAGGAUGUGUGCCUGCAGGCCGCCUCGCCAAUCUUGACCAUAAUCUCUCGGUUUUGUUGAUUGAAGCUGGAGAGGACAACUUGAACAACCAAUGGGUAUAUCGACCUGGUAUAUAUCCCAGAAAUAUGAAGCUUGAUUCAAAGACCGCAUCUUUCUAUCAUUCACGCCCAUCCGAGCAUUUGGAUGGACGCCGGGCUAUCGUACCUUGUGCCAAUAUCCUUGGCGGGGGAAGUUCGAUCAAUUUUAUGAUGUACACUAGAGCUUCUGCAUCGGAUUAUGACGAUUUCCAAGCAAAGGGCUGGACGACCAAGGAGCUUUUGCCUCUCAUGAGAAAGCAUGAAACAUAUCAGCGAGCCAGCAAUAACCGCGAUAUACACGGAUUUGAGGGUCCCAUUAAGGUGUCAUUUGGUAAUUACACCUAUCCAAUUGCACAGGACUUUCUUCGUGCGGCAGAAUCGCAGGAUAUUCCGAUCACGGAUGAUUUACAAGACCUAAAGACUGCGCAUGGUGCUGAGCAUUGGUUGAAAUGGAUCAACCGAGACACUGGUCGACGUAGCGAUGCUGCUCAUGCAUAUGUGCACAGUACGCGCGCAAAAUACAGUAACUUGCAUCUGAAAUGCAAUACAAAGGUUGCGAGGGUUAUUAUUGAGAAUGGACGGGCAGUUGGAGUCGAAACGGUUCCAACCAAGCCUCUCGGUGGCGAGAAACCUGUUCGUAAAGUCUUCCGGGCGCGAAAGCAAAUCAUUGUGUGUGGCGGUACACUCAGUUCGCCAUUGAUUCUCCAGAGAUCUGGAAUUGGGCAUCCGGAGACGCUUCGCCAAGCUGGUGUUGAACCACUCGUGAAUCUUCCGGGUGUAGGCCGAAACUUCCAAGAUCAUUAUCUCACCUUCUCUGUUUUCCGAGCGAAGCCAGAAGUCGAAACAUUUGAUGAUUUCAUCCGUGGUGAUCCCAAAGUCCAGAAAAAGGUAUUUGAGGAGUGGAAUCUCAAGGGUACUGGUCCUUUGGCAACGAACGGAAUUGAUGCGGGUGUCAAGAUUCGCCCUACUCAGAAGGAGCUGGAUGACAUGAAGAAAUGGCCGACCCCAGAGUUUAAUAGCGGAUGGGAGUCGUAUUUCAAGAACAAGCCGGAUAAGCCAGUUAUGCACUACUCAGUUAUUUCUGGAUGGUUUGGUGACCAUAUGCUCAUGCCUCCAGGAAAAUUCUUCACCAUGUUCCAUUUCCUGGAAUAUCCAUUCUCACGUGGUUCAACUCACAUCAAGUCCUCGGAUCCAUACGAUACCCCAGACUUCGACGCGGGCUUCAUGAACGACAAACGUGACAUGGCGCCCAUGGUAUGGGGCUACAUUAAGUCUCGCGAAACGGCAAGGCGAAUGGCAGCGUAUGCCGGAGAAGUGACAGGCAUGCACCCUCAGUUUGCUUACAACUCGGACGCUCGAGCAUAUGACCUUGAUCUCGCAACCACCAAGGCAUAUGCGGGACCAAAUCAUAUCUCCGCAGGCAUCCAGCAUGGUUCUUGGUCGCAGCCGCUUAAAUCUGGAAAGCCAGCCACGUCAACUCAUCUGAACUCAAAUCAACAUGAGGCCCGCGAGGAGAUUGAUUACAGCAAGGAUGAUAUUGCGCACAUUGAGAAAUGGGUCCAACGCCAUGUUGAAACGACAUGGCACUCUCUCGGAACUUGCAGCAUGGCUCCACGGGAGGGUAGCUCUAUCGCCCCACACGGUGGCGUGGUCGACGAACGUUUGAAUGUGCACGGAGUGAAGGGCCUUAAAGUCUGCGACUUAUCUAUCUGCCCUGAUAAUGUGGGCUGCAACACUUUCAGCACGGCCCUGCUUAUUGGAGAGAAAUGCGCUGUUCUGACUGCCGAGGACCUUGGUUAUUCAGGUGCAGCCUUGGACAUGAAAGUGCCUCCGUACCAUGCCCCGGGGGAAUUUGUUAAUCUAUCCCGCCUUUAA